CUUGCCCUCCGAUUCGUAAUAUAAACAUCAUGCAGAGGACCGAAGUUCGUUGUUGUUUCUGCGUUCUCCUCUUCUGUCCUAGGAGAUCUCUGCUAGUGAAAAAAAGGUUCUCCUCGGAGGGUUCUUCCAUUAAUCCAUAAGUUACUCAGUGUAAGAAAUAGAAACUUCUUUCAUAUUUCACCUGACAGCUACACAAUGGCAACAUCAGCAAAUAAGGGGGAUCCUGAAAAAGUUGGGUUUUUUGACUGGUUGAUUGAAAAGAUCAACAUUGGAAGAUACAAGGGUGUUUUGGACUGGACAGAUGAGAACCACACAACCUUUCGUAUCGGAUGGAAGCAUUUUGCAAAGAAGUCUCUUGUGGCAGAUGAUUGUCAGAUUUUCAUGGCAUGGGCUAUAUAUAGCAACAAAUAUUUUGAAGAUAUAGCAACUCUCAGUAAAUGGAAAAGCAACUUCCGCUAUGCCCUGAACAGUACAAAGAGAUUUGAAGUACUGGUGUCAAAUGAACCUGACUUUCGCGAAUACAGAAUCAUCCCCCUGAAACCAAAAACUGAUUCAACAGCUAAUACCUCUUCUGGUACAAGAGAUUUCAAACUUUCAGGGGAGGUGCCCUUUCAAGAAGAAACGAAGACAACGUCUUUGCACGCAAGCGAUGAAGACAUUGAAAAGGAAUCCGCUGAUUCAUCAUUAACUGAGGGAAUGGCUGAGUUGAAAAUAGCGGCCCCUGCGAUCCCCCCCCCCGUUCGUCCUUGUCUGUGGGACAAAAGGAGGACAGCGCAAGUUGGGAUGCUGGAGAUCUUGCCCGAACGAAGGCCCCGAGAAAGAGUUCAAACGGAGGACUUUGAACAAAGAUUAUCUUUAUCCCCAGAAAAGGAGCUUCUAGACAAAUUCGCAUUAGGAUUGAAUGAAGACAUUUAUCAACAAUGUGUGAAUCGACACCUCCCCAAGCGCGUUACCGCUUGGUAUGAAACUGCAGCAGACAUUGAGCUUGAUUUGAUUAGACUGCAACGUGCAAAAGAGGAGAGAGAGAGAGAGGGAGAGAGAGAAGAAAAAUCACCCCGCCAACUCAAAGGGCCCCUCCCCGCAUCAGGGGUGAAAGAAAGGGAAGCUCCGCAGGCACAUCCAAACCGCUCACUUGUUUCCGUUAUGGAAGGGGGGGGCCACCGCGCUCCGGAGUGCCGCACUAAACUCCCCGCAACUGCCCCACCCCCUGCCAAGAGGGAAGGGAAGACAAGCAAGGCCCCGGACAAGAAAAAGAAAGAAGCUGCUUUCGCUGCGGACGCCAUCUCCCCCCCACGGUUCAUGCAAAACGUGGAGGGAGAAGCUGAAGCUUCCACCAGCUCCUCUGAUGACUCCGAGGACGACGCCUUGUCUCGCUGGGUGAGUUCAAACAAAGGCCCCAUGCUGAUCCCGAUAGAAUUAAGGGUUCCACCCGAUGGGGUGUCAGAGCAGCUUCCCGCCCUCCUUGACUCGGGUUGUUCCCGAUGUAUGAUCAAUCCUGCAAUGGUGGAGAAACUAGGCCUCAAGUUAAAAACUUUGAAAACCCCUAUUGUCUUUUGCCAAAUAGAUGGGUCCAUAAUCUGCAUUGGGCUGCCUCGUGCCAGAAACCGGGCCAUGCAAACAAACAAAGCCCCAUCCACGGGAUGCAUGGGAAACCACGCUCAUGCCAAUUCGCAGAAAAGCCUCUGUUCAUGGAUCUGGUCCCUAGUGCCCAAAAGGCCUGAGGUAGCUUUUGACCAAACACCCAUCACUACCAGCUCCUCUCAGCCCAGGCAGGAGGCUCUCUCUACCACCAGGCGGGUCCGUCACCCAUCUCUGGAGUCCUCGGCACUAAGCGAGUCUUCCAUUUUGGAGGACCCGGAUCAGGAGGAGCAGGAGCUCUCGGAGGACGAGGACCUUCCUCCGGAUGCUCCUGCCUUCUCAGGGCUUUUUAAGCCUAGCCUAUUUAAGUCCAUCUUGCACAAGGCUAAGAACACCACCCAAGUGGGUACUAAACCUAAGACCAUGCAGGGAACCUCGGAUUCCGCUCCGGUUAACCCCAAUGCUAGCAUGUUUAAUGUUCAGGCACCUCAGCAAGAGCUGGUGCCGGUCCCUGAUCUCUUUAUGGAUGUCAUUCAAAGUCAAUGGGCCCAGCCUGGCUCCCAGGCUGCACCCAGUGGCAGGACAAGAAACUACUCAGUUGACCCCACAUUGGAAAACAUCCUGGUCCUGCCAUCUGUAGACCCUCCUAUAGCGGCUCUCACUUCUAAUUUGGUCCUUCUGGCUCACUUGUUGGAGGGCGUCAAGGAAGAGGACAAAAAAGCGGAGAAGGCCUUCCACAAGACUCAUCAAGCGGCGGCCUGGGCCAUUAAGGCUUCUUCAUCUGGGUCAUUCUUUAACAGAGCCUCUGUCAUUUGGCUGUGUGAGCUUCAAGCUAAACUGCCGGCAGGAGACACUCGUCUUCGCCAGGACAUAACAAAGAUUAUUGGAGCAUCCCAUUAUUCAGCUGAUGCCUCCCUUAAUGCGAGGGAACUCAUGAGCCAGGAAAUUCACCGUCUCCUGGAGAUCAAUGCUGUGGAACAAGUUCCACCCAACCAGGAAGGGAGGGAAUUUUAUUCCAUUCUCUUCUUGGUGCCCAAGAACUCAGGGGGGUGGAAAGCCAUCUUGGAUCUCAAGAACCUCAAUCAUCAUAUUGCAUACAGGAGGUUCAAGAUGCAAUCCCUGCAGACUAUCCUAGUGGGGAUUUGCCAGGGGGACCUCCUCACAUCCAUCGACUUGAAGGAGGCUUAUCUACACAUUCCCUUCCAUUCGGCCUGUCAUCAGGACCCAGAACCUUCACAAAAGUUCUCUCAGUGGUUGCAGCGCAAGUCAGGCGCAGGUCUCCGUGCUACUCCUAUCACAACUGUUGGGGAAGAUGAUCUCCUGCAUCUCGGUCGUUCCCUGGGCAUGACUUCACUCCAGAGAGUUGCAGUGGCUUCUCCUGCCCCAUCAAAGAGCCAACAGGAGCAACUCAUCCAUGAGGAUGUGGAUUCCCCCGACCGUGAAGCGGUCUCUCAAAUGGCAAUCGGCGGCUCUACUGAAGGGACACCUGUACAAGGAGCCCACGAGAAUAGUCAUCACAACAGACACAAUGUGACCACCAAGGCCCAUAUAAAUCGCCAGGGCGGCACCAGGUCCAGGAAGCUCAUGGCGGAGGCGGAGGCCCUGGGAAGUCAACCAUUGCUUUUUCACAUGUGCAACAAAAUUACAUUUAACAUAAAAGUCUCUAUCUACUAUCACAACAAGAUAGUGCGUGACGAAGCAGAAGUAAAUAGCUGCCUGCUCACCUACAACCAGGAGAACUGCCACCAAUCACACAAUGCACAGGUCAUACAGUUUCCAAAUCCAGACAUGCUGACGGAUCAGAAGCGAGUUCAAAAGACUUUGUCUGUCUUAGAGCCUGCAUGUUUAUUAUUAUAUCAGAGAAACGGGAGGAUCUGGGCCAAGCGACUUGGAAUGUGUCAGGUCUUCCAUGCAUUCUCCAAGGACCCUCCAUGUAAAUUAUUGCCAAGAAAUGUUGAAACUGAAAUCUUCAACUAUGAACAGUUCUAUCAAGAACUGGUUGAGUUCCGUGAUGGUCAAAGACGCUCGUCUCCUGACUAUACCAUUUAUCUGUGCUUUGGACAGCGGUUUACUGCUUCCAAACCCAAGGAGUCCAAGCUGAUCUUGGUGAAGCUGGUUCCAAAUUUUUGUAAAAAUUCGCAUGAAUUCGUGCAGAGGGAAGGCUGCUCAUCCCUGAACAGCGAAAGUCUGAGCCUCCAAAUCUCCAACAGCCUUUUUGAUAUGAUAGAACAGCUUUCUACUAUAUUCAUGCAGACUGAGACAGCGUAUUGAGUGUUUUGUUUUGUGUGCCAAUUAAUAGGUUUUGCAGAGGGUGAGGCUGGUUCUCUCCAUUUGUUUCACAGGCCGAAGUACUACAAUCUCUAGAUUGCAUCUCAGCCUUGUUAUUAGGGCAGAUGAUCUUCUAAUUGGACUAUUAUUUAUUGAGAUAAUCACACCCCGGGGACACAGAUACUCUGCCCUGUGAAAUUCUUUCCAAGAACCUAUUGGAAUAUAUAUCUUGCUAUGGGGCAUUAUGACAAGGAUUCUUCUUUGCAGUAAUAAUCGUGGUACAAAGUUGAGGAAAUUCUUUUCAAGAACAUAUUUUUAUGUGAUAAGAAUUUCCAGAUGCUACGGGAAUGAAUUUAGUUUCUGGAAUGCACUUUUUACUUCCUAUGUUUUGUAAGUGAAAAGACAUUAAAUAUACAUUCUAACCUGAAACUCAGCAGAAACUUCCAUGUUUCUCCAAACAAGACUAUUCUCAAAUGCUAUGGGACAGUGUUAGAAGCAAGUUUUGUAUUUUCGGUCCUAAAAAGAAAGGGACAAACUUACAAAGGACUUCUGUUCCUCUGUAAGAAUUUGGGUUUAUUGUCCACACAGAUGUUGAAGUUUGUAAAUAUUUGAAAAGAAAAAAGAAAACGUCCCUAGUCGGCUGGAAAGGAGAUGGGAGAGAGAUUUAAUUUCAGACUUGCAAGAUUGAAGACAGCCUUUCAAGAUAGAUCAGAUAGGAAAGAUGAGCUGUAUGUCUAUGGAACUUCUCAGUCAUCCAGGUCAUGGUUGCCCAAGAGGUGCUUUUUCAAGAGGCAACUGGACUUUCUGUUUUUUCUUUGAAGACGUUUUGCUUCUCAAAGUUGGAUGAGAAUUGAAACAUCUUCAAAGAAAAACCAGAAAAUCGAGCACCUCUAGGGUGACCCAGUGAACUUAUUCUACUUCAUUGCAAAGCUACAUUAAUAGAAUUUUGCAACUCUGAAAUUACAUUUCUUUCCUAUCUUUUUUAGAGCCCAAGAAACGGGCUCUCUUCUGAGGCUGCCCUGCGACAUUCCUAGGUGGAUUCUGAUCGUUCCCUUGGGAUGUGUCUCUGUGCCUUAUCUCCCAAGAUAAUUCCCAAAAUCACUCCCAAGAUCAUUCCCAUCCAUACAGGACCCUGUUCUCUAGCCUAAUCCAUAUUCAACACCCCCACAAAAAAGGUAGAGGAGAAAAAUUGCAUUUUGAUUGCAGAGUUUUGGAGGGGACGGGGGACAAUCAGACUAGUGGAUUAUAUCUAGCUAGUAGGCUGCCUAUCCCCAGUUCAGAGGUGGUAUUCAGCCGGUUCGGACUGGUUCUGGAGAAAUGGUGGUGGAGUGAUUCACCGAGGGAUACUUGCCCCCUGGUGCUUCACUGCAUGGGACAAUUAAAUGUGCCUUGAAUAAUUUCAAAGUAACUUCUCUGUGUGAAAUCAAGUACCAUAUAUGCACCCCAUUAAUAGAAAUGAACUUGGUGGGUAAGGGUGACCACGUUUGCCUUCACCUGCAGCUGGAGUAGAACAAGAUAAACAAUUAUUAUCGUAACAAGUAGUUACAGGCAUACUAUCCACAAAAUUCCAAGAAA